AUGUCUGUUCCCAGGCCUGCGCCCAAACCCGGCGCGCGUCCAACAAUCCCGCCUCCCCGGAGGGCACCUGUCGGCCGCCUGGCGAGUCUCAAACCCCCAGGCCCAACUCCUAUUAAACGUCCGCAGUCUAUUGGGCGCCCUCCCGCUCCCCGACCAACUACACAUCCGAAAACCUCCAACUGUCCCAAUCCAGGCUGUCCUGCCCCGCAUAUUGUCGAAGAUGAGGGAGUGAAGGUCUGCUCAGGCUGUGGUACAGUCAUUAGCGAGUCAAACAUCGUCUCAGAAGUGACCUUCGGUGAAUCUUCCUCUGGGGCAGCUGUCGUUCAAGGAUCUUUCGUCGGAGAAGACCAGACACACGUCCGCAGUUAUGGCCCCGGAUUCCAGCGAGGAGGUGCAAUGGAAAGUCGCGAAAUGACCGAACAGAAUGGAAAUCGGUAUAUGCUUCAACUCUCUCGAGCUCUCACUAUUCCCGAAAGUGCAACCAAAGCUGCUGGUCAGGUCUUCAAACUUGCCGUUGGUCUCAACUUUAUUCAAGGUCGUCGCACAAAGACUGUGGCUGCAGUUUGUCUAUAUAUUGCCUGUCGCAGGCAAAAUGGCAACACAGUAAUGCUGAUUGAUUUUGCUGAUGUCUUGAUGGUCAAUGUCUUCAAACUCGGUCGCACUUAUAAGGCGCUCCUGGAUGAGCUCCGUCUGGGUGGAAACGUGUUCUUGAUGAACCCCAUCGAUCCAGAAAGCUUAAUAUACCGUUUUGCCAAACAGCUGGAAUUCGGACAAUCUACAAUGGCGGUUGCGGGUGAAGCAGUCCGAAUCAUCCAGCGAAUGAACCGUGAUUGGAUGACCACUGGACGACGCCCAGCUGGUCUUUGUGGUGCGGCAUUGAUUCUCGCCGCGCGCAUGAACAAUUUCCGUCGAACGGUGCGCGAAGUUGUCUACGUCGUCAAAGUCACGGAAAUCACCAUCAGUCAACGUUUGAACGAGUUCAGUUCCACCGAGAGUGGUGAACUGACCGUUGAUCAAUUUCGUUCUGUCCAACUGGAAAACACUCACGACCCCCCUUCCUUCACUCGCGGACGAGAAGGUCGGCAACCUCGCAUCAAGAUGAAGGUACCAGAAACUGCAGCAGAAUUUGAAGAUGACCUCAAUGAAAGCGAAGCUGGAUCAGUCCCACCACCUCGUUUAGAUGCGGACGGAUUUGCUAUUCCCAAUCUUCCCAUAGAUCCGGCUUUAACGGGUCGACGUUCAUCGAUAGUUGCGAAAGCCGUCACCGACGUGGCAGAAGAAUUUGAGUCCGAAGCAACCGGCUCCAAGGGCAAAAAGCGACAACCUGCACCAGAGCCUCCCGCAGAGGAGCUUGCAUCUGAAGCGGCCCUGGAGGAUGAAAUGCGAACAAUGCUGGCUCAAGGCUCAGGCCUGGUUGAAAGUGCUACCGAGCCGCAGCGGCCCCCCAUUUCCGAUAGCACUGAGAUCGAUGCCACCGAGUUCGAAGAUGAUCCUGAAGUUGCCAAUUGUCUCCUCUUACCUGCUGAAGUGGAGAUUAAGGAAUCAAUUUGGGUGACCGAGAACAAAGAAUAUCUCCGCACUCAACAGGCUAAGGCUUUGAAGCGUGCCAUGGAAGAAUCAGAAGGCGGCUCAACAUCUCGCAAACCUCGCAAGCGUCGCCGUGGUCGUCUUGGUGAUGUCACCUAUCUUGAAGGUGAAGGUGAAGAGGGCCGUUCCCGCGCAUCAACUCCUGCCGAGGCGACUCGUCGCAUGCUGGAGCGCCGGGGCUACAGUAAGAAGAUUAACUACUCUCUACUGGACACACUUUACGGCGGAGAAGGAGCCGACGCCAAGGCCGAAAGCAUGAGCCGCAGCCAGAGUCGCAGUCAAAGUGUCAUCUCACGACGCAGUGCCAGUAUCGAACCACAGGCAGCCUCUCGACGGGCCACUCCAUCAGACUCCAAGCCUGUUCUUCCUCCCUCUGCUACUGCUGUGCCCCUCCCCGUGCCCCUCCCCACGCCUCCUGCCACGCAGACUACCCAAGAGCCAAUCAAGCAGGACGGCGAGGCUGCAAAUCCUGACCCUGAUGAUCAGGAUGACUAUGAUGAUGACGAUGGCGAAGAGGACGGUGUUGAUGAUGCCUUCGCCGGAAAUUAUGGAGAAUACGAAAGUGACUACGACUAUGAUGAUGAGUGA